GCAGCGUCACAGAGCGUCACAUGAGAUAAUAAACAGCUGAGAGAGAGAGACAGCCGAGGAAGAGGAGACGAAGAAGAAGGCGACCAUGUUGAUUUAAAAGGAAGAAACACAAUAGAGGAGAUUUAUCAUCAAGAAAACAAAAACAGUUAUCAAAGCGAAUUGUAAAAGGACGUAGUCGAUCAACCGCAACACCGAGUAUCACCGUGUAAAAUAACAGAGAAACUAAGGUUACAAGUUUGAGUUGUUGGCUGGCUUUGAGGAGGCAGCGGGUUGAUCACAGCCACACUCGCACACUUCACACACCGACCUGGAGACCUGUGGUGUCUGGGGAGAGAGGGUCAAACACCUGGAGGAGAAAGGAAACGCACACUGAGGACUAAAAAGGGGUGGAAAGCUUUUUGGCUUUGGACUAGAAAACCCCUUGUAUUUGUGAAUCCAGGAUUUCUUUUUCACACAGUGGAGCGAUAUAUAUCCACACAGUGGAAAUAAACAGAGAGAAUUACAGACUAUAUGAUUUUGGGGAAAAACUUGUACAAAGUUGGACAUCCUUUUUUUCAAGGACAGGGAUAUUGAGCAACUCUAUGGACUCAAAGUGGAAAGAGGAAAUAUUGUUCAAUUUAGAAACAGAAGUUUAAGCAUUGAACUAAGAUUAUAUCGAAGAGGCUGUUCCCCAAGUUCAGAUUGCCUUAGUUGUUCUAUUUCAGGACUUGAACCGCUUUGAUACUUGUUCACAUAUAAUUUUUCUAUAUUGUGGGCAAGUAUAUUCAUGCAUAUGAAUGCAAAUUUCUCUUCAUUUUGAAGAGCUCUUGUGUAAAAAAGUGUUGUUUUUUUUUGUUGUUGUUCUUGUACGUCAGUCACUCUGUUGUUGAAGGGGACCGAACUGCACGUACAUGUGUAUAUGUAAAUACUACGAAUUGACUUCUGUUGUAAAAGCUUUGGACUUAAAAAGAAUAGAGAAUAUUGUUUGUUAAUGCUUUAUUAAACUUUUUUACUUUUGAAGAGAAUUUUUAAAAAGAAAAACCUAAGAGGCAAAAAUCUAAUACUUUGAAGAAAAAAAAACAUAAGUGAGGAAAAAUGGCAACCGCCAGAACAGAAAACGUUGGCCCAGUUGUCAUGGGACUGAGCAAGCAGAACGGGCAGCUCAGAGGACAGACCAAACCAGCUUCAGUCCAGCCAGCACCGACAACUCAAGGAAAGGCUUUGGGUGCACCCCAGAUAGCAGGCGGUGCCGCUCAGGACGGAGGAGGCAUCAAGUUUGGAGAUGACUGGAAAAAGAGCCUAAAGCUCCCUCCCAAAGACAACAGGGUCAAAACCUCAGAUGUGACGUCCACUAAGGGGAAUGAAUUUGAAGAUUACUGUCUCAAAAGAGAACUCCUGAUGGGCAUCUUUGAGAUGGGUUGGGAGAAACCUUCCCCUAUCCAGGAGGAGAGCAUUCCCAUCGCCCUGUCUGGACGGGAUAUUUUGGCUCGGGCUAAGAACGGAACAGGAAAAAGUGGAGCCUAUCUCAUCCCCCUGCUGGAGAGAAUAGACCUGAAAAAAGACCACAUACAGGCACUUGUCAUGGUGCCCACCCGUGAGCUGGCACUGCAGGUUAGCCAGAUCUCCAUCCAGAUCAGCAAACACCUGGGGGGAGUCAAAGUCAUGGCCACCACCGGGGGCACCAACCUGCGAGAUGACAUCAUGCGUCUGGAUGAGACCGUGCAUGUGGUCAUCGCCACGCCUGGUAGGAUCCUGGACUUGAUAAAGAAGGGAGUGGCAAAGGUGGAUAGAGUCCAGAUGAUGGUGAUGGAUGAGGCGGAUAAGCUGCUGUCUCAGGAUUUUGUGGUGCUCAUCGAGGAUAUCAUCAGCUUCCUGGCCAAGAACAGGCAGAUCCUGCUCUACUCUGCAACCUUCCCCAUCAGUGUGCAGAAGUUCAUGGCCAAGCACCUUCAGAAACCAUAUGAGAUCAACCUGAUGGAGGAGCUGACUCUGAAGGGCAUUACUCAAUACUACGCCUACGUCACGGAGAGGCAGAAAGUCCACUGCCUCAACACACUGUUCUCCAGGCUUCAGAUCAACCAGUCGAUUAUCUUCUGUAACUCCACUCAGAGGGUGGAGCUCUUGGCCAAGAAGAUUACUCAGCUGGGCUACUCCUGUUUCUACAUCCAUGCCAAGAUGAUGCAGGAAUACAGAAACCGUGUGUUCCACGACUUCAGAAAUGGACUGUGCAGAAACCUGGUCUGCACUGAUCUCUUCACCAGGGGUAUUGACAUCCAGGCUGUCAAUGUGGUCAUCAACUUCGACUUCCCCAAGAAUGCUGAGACUUACCUCCAUCGUAUUGGAAGAUCAGGGAGGUUUGGUCACCUGGGCCUGGCCAUCAACCUGAUCACAUCAGAAGACCGCUUCAACCUGAAGUCCAUCGAAGACCAGCUGGUGACCGACAUCAAGCCCAUCCCCAGCAGCAUCGACAAGAGCCUCUAUGUGGCCGAGUUCCACACGUCCGGCGCCGACUGUGAUGUGGAGGAGAUCGAGGAGAAACCAGGCCGCCAACAGGACAGCACUUAAAACAGGACGCACCGGGCUUUUGCACAGACAUCAGCACUUGCACACAGGCUUCUGGCAACUUUUCAGUUUCACAUUGCUCACUUGUUUUCAGAGCCUGUCGAAUGGAUGUGAAGGCUGUUUUUUUUUUUGUUUUUUUUAAGCAUUUCCUUAUCUUUUCCUCAAAGAGAGCUGCCAAUCUUUUUUUUUUUUUUUAUUAAUUGAGAAACUAUAUUGUUUUGCACCAAACUCAGAAUUCGACCGUGCAUCCUGAGCUUACGAGCAUAGCGUAUAUUUCCCUAGGAUGUAUCUUGGUUAGAUAGCACUUCCUGUUGAAACAGAGACAGACGCGCAAAUGAGCAUCAAAGCUGUUUUGAACCCCGUCGUUCUCGGAGACAGUUUUCACCAUCGGCAGCGAGGUCGGUCUCUCUGUCUAAUGUUACAAUGGUGCACUUCCACCAGCCAUCGUUCUGUCCACUUAACACUGUUGUCGUCACUUAAGUGCCUUACUUACUCCCAUGUGCACUCAUCCAUUCACAGCCUGCUGUCACGCAGCAGAGUACGAGCACAAAUACGAUGAAUUUAAUAGUAACCCGAGUUUAUUUAAACAUCCAUUAUGCAAGGGAAAAAGACAACACACACAUUCUCUCUCUCCUCCUGAGAGGUGUGUUGAAACCUUAUAAACCAUCCUGAAUGUGAACGUUUAUUUUUAAUGUGAACGUUGCAAUAAAAAAAAAAGGGCAGCUUUAUUUAAAUACUGCGUGACUGUUUUUCCCUUUCACUAUGAAUAAUACAUGAGCAGAGUUAAUACGAGAAGACUGCUAAAAACACAAGCCCCCCACCCCACCCCACCCCCGCAUACUGAUUCAUGGAUGUUAGCCUGCAAAUGGCGCGGGAGAUGAAGAGCAGCCUCGUGCUGUUACACCAUGGCUGUUGCUGGUGAGUUUGCCUGCAGACAGCUUUUGUCUGGAGGUUAUUUUACAUAAAAAUAUAAACCCCUACUGGGCUGGUGAAUACUGUAAACCCGUCGGCCGCUGUAGCUGCUAGAUGGAAAGCUGGUUUCCUCUCCUGCAUGCUGCUACAGCACAGGACUGAUGCAUCAGAGGCUGGUUCACAACAGCUUUGAUACUAACAUUACUAAGCUGAUACACAAUCGACAGAUCAAAGGAAUAAAUUGUUUUUGUGGAAGUUGGUGCAAAACAAUAAUUCAAUUUCUAUCAUUUCUAUCGUUAUUUCCCCCCCCCGCUGACUGCUUCAGAUUCAGUUAUAACGUGUGGAAAUACAAGUUAAUUACAGGAGCAUUUUUUGCAAACCCUAAGAUUUUUUUUUGAGCCCCAUCAUGACAAAAUUGAAGUUGGUGAAUGUAUUAGUUGCCAAUGUGAAUACUCUCUAUCCCAGUGGUUGAAUGCCAAGCUCUUGAUUUGUAUUGCUGCUGUUGCUUUAGAAACUUUGCUUUUAUGAAAUUGGAUAUGAAGAAAUGAUUUCACGGACCACCGGGUGAUGAAACCUGCUCGGUCUAUAAAGGCCUACAUUGACCUUCAAUUGAACUAAAAUUAGAAAAGUCUUUCUGCAGCAGCAGCAGCAGCGAUAUCUUUUUCUUCUUCUUUAGUUUCCCCCAGCACAGCUAUGUUUUAUAAUUGUAAACAAGCGAGGGGUGGGCUCUGUGUUUGAAAGCGAAAUUGUAGCAUCUCUGAACAGGCAGCUGUGACUUCUUUGUUUUUGUCCUCCCCUUUUACAGAGUGUCACUAAUGAUAAAAAAAAUGACAUAAAAAAGAGAGUAUUUUUGCUUUUAAGAUUUAUUUUUGAUGUUGCUUAAAGCAGUUUGCAGAGGGGAGGGAGGGGAGUGUGAGGCUUUAGCACUGGGGAACUUGUUUUUUUUUUGGGGUGGGUUUGCAGAAGCCAAGUGUUUUAUCAGACGCUCUCUGGGCGUCUUGAAUCGUUCCUUCUCUCUGGUACUUAAAGCAAAGACAAAAGCUUUGAUUUAAUGUUUUUUAUUUUUUCCUUAUAAGCUACUUAGUGUUUUAAGUGCCAGAGAGAGUGUUAAGUUAUACAGGAGAGAGUUUCUGGAAAGCGUUGAAGCACUUUGAUCUUCUUGAACUGGUUUCCAUGUUUGCGUGACGGAUCAUCAAAGUGCUACGAUUUGUUUUCAGCAAACUCGAUCCGUUUUUCCACUAGGGCAAUCUUUAAUACGAGGUGUUACGAAUCAUUUCGAAGAAACAGAAAUUGUAAAUGAUUCAUUGUUUACACUAGUCGUUUACAAUUAUACGAAGAAAAAAAAAAAAAAGAAAAUACUUUGCUUCAUGAGCGGAGGAGGAGGAUGAAUUUUAUUUUUUUGUUCCUUUUUGUUUUGUUUUUUUUCC